AUGAAAAUCAUUAUUGUCGGAGGAGAUAUUCCCGCCCUGGUAUGCGCGAUUACGUGUCGUCGAGGGAAUGUAGAGGUGGUUGUUCUGGAGGGCGAUAUUGAUGUUGAGACAACCCCGGGCAUCCAGAUUGCCCCGAACGGAACUUGUCUUCUCCGCCAAUUGGGCCUUCUCGAUGCAGUCCUAAAGAAAGGGGACAUUCUCGAGACGAUUGAUUUUCGGCGGUAUACAGAUGGAGGUGUGAUCCGGUCAAUGCCGUGUGGAGAGGAGACGUGUCGCGUAUAUGGGGGGCCGUGGGUGACGAUUCAUCAAGCAGAUUUGCUCCAGGUCUUACGGGAUAGGGCGCGAAGUCUGGGCGUGGAGAUCCGACGUGUCGCGGUGAAGGAGGUACUCUGUGAGACUGCAGAGGUGAGCUUGGAUGAUGGGGAGCGGAUGCAAGGCGACGUGGUGAUCGGGGUAGAUGGAAGCGAUCCCCAAAUCCGAGAUGCAGUUGUAGGACAUUCCAGCCAGAUUGGCACAGCGGACGAGGUCAUCUACCAGACGACCAUCUCGCGGAAACACCUCGAAGCUCUGAACGAUUCUAAGAUAGAUGAACUAUGGCAGCGAUGCAGCGUCACGGCCUGGUUGGGACCCGACCAACACGCCUUCUUCUAUCCUGUCCGACAAUGUCAGACCUUCGUCUUGGCCCUCUACCGCACAGACAGCACUGCCGACGUACAAGAAAGCAGUCGGGGCUGGGAUGACCGCCUGCAAACCAUUCUCUCCAUCGCCCCGUCCGUUACCACCUCAACGACACAUUCUCUCCCCCUUCCACACGCCUGGACCCAAAACCGUAUCGCCCUCCUCGGCACCGCAGCCCACCGAAUUCCUCCCCACCAGGCCCAAGAGACAGCCACAGGCAUCGAAGACGCCGUCGUCCUCGGCACAGUACUGGGAUUACUCAACCAGCACGCGACAAACCCGUAUCAAAUACGCACUCUGCUCCCCGAAGUCCUCAGACUCUACGAAGACCUCCGCAAACCAGCAGCGGCACGGAAUACCCAGAAUGCUCUUUCCUGUCGACGGCUCUUUCAAUUAGGUAACGGAAUCACACAGCAGUUCCGGGAUUGGGUUCUCAGCGGCGCAGGCAUCACACGGGAUACGGAGGUGGGGUGGUGGAGGAUGGUGUCAACGCGACAGGAGAGCGUUCUCGCCGGGGGCAUGGGGUUGUUGGAGGAGACGGGCCAGGCGUUUGGGGAGUGGCGCAAGGCGCGGCUGCCUGCUUCAUCGAGAGGGACUUGUGGGAUUGGAGGGUUGCGUAGGAAGUGGUAUGCGGGGUGGUGA